UCACCCCGACUCGGCCGCCGCCACGACUCCACCCCCAUCCCUGACCCCGCCGGCCGACGGGCAAUCCUCGCGACCUCCACGCCCCCUGCUCGGCGCCCGCCAUCCGCAUGUCGAUGGCGCCGAGUCCGCCGGCGCUGGUCGACGACGCCAUGCGCGAGGUCUUCACGCGCCUGCCGGCGGACGACCCCAGGAGCCUCGUCCGCGCCGCCGCCGUCUGCAGGAGCUGGCGCGGCAUCCUCUCCGACCCCGGCUUCGCCCGCGGCUACCGCGCGUUCCACGGGGCGGCGCCCAUGCUGGGCUUCCUCCACAACGCGUACCGCAACGGCAACCACAAUGCCAGAGAGCCUGGACGAGGCACACCUUGACCUCAUAGGCGCGGAGGACGGCAUGCUGCUGUUCGCGUCCGUGCUCAAGCCCAGACUCUAUCUAUGGUCCAUGGAGGCUGGUCCUAGGGGAGCUGCGGGAUGGGCGCGACGCAGGGUCGUCGAGGUCGAGCUCGAGCCGUUGCUCCCUCCCCGUGCCCUCUUGGACAUGUCGGACUCGGACGUGUGGGCGGUUGGUUUCGCGGAAGGGGUUAGCGUCAUCUUCCUCGAAACACCGGCUGGCUUAAUUCAGGCCGAGCAAACAAGGUGGGUGAAUGGAGCAUUGAGAAGGUCAUGCCCUACACCAGCUUCUGCACUCGAGCAUUCCGUCGGGUGCUGGCCUCUGACGAAGCCUCACGCGCGCUUGUCGGUGGCGGUACGACGGCGUGACCAAGUGGCGUCGAGAUGAUGGAUCUGUCUACUUUUUUCCUCCCAGGAAGACUUUGAAGAUGAGCUCCGGUGGGUGUCUUCUGCUGCCGGCUGUGUUGGGCAGUUUGGUCAUCUGUAUGGUAUGGUGUUGCCUGAACUCAAGUUAGUUUUGCUUAGUUGUUGUGCGUAGUUUGAGUGUGUGUGUGACCCAGCAGAGCAGGACAUCUAUGGUUCUACCUUGCAAGUUGACACAGACUUGGUUUCAAUAGCAUUAUUAUUAAUGUAAUUUUGUU